UAGAUAGUCAGGACUUAUCAAUUUUUUUGCUGAGAUGUUAAAUUGUUAGAUACCUAUAUAAACUCGGGAUUCUAGAGUAUCUGCACACUUGUCGAACCGAUCACAACAGUAAUCGGUCUCAAUAUGUUCAAAAAACUUCUUGUGUGCCUCUUAGUGGUGCACUCUCUCGCUCUGUCAGAGAGUCCAGCAUGGAAGGAAAACACUGAAUAUACAUACGACGUACGAGGUAGAUCACUUUCCAGUUUAAAAAUCUCUGACGAAUACAAUGGAAUUUUACUCAGAGCAAAAUUGGUCGUGCAGUUGCACAACGAUGUUAAACUCAGGGCUAAAAUCGUUAAUCCUGAAUUUGCUGAAAUACAGACUCGUCUACCUGAGGGAUGGAUGACUGACACCAAAGCCAAUUACCAGCCACUGAAAAUCUCCGAAAAACCAUUCGAUCUAAUCUUGAAGAAUGGAGUGAUCAACGAUCUGGUAAUGGAACAAGAUGUUCAACAGUGGGAAGCUAACAUCAUCAAGAGUAUCGUCAGUCAACUGCAAUUAGACACUAGGGCCGAGAAUGUCAAAUAUUCCGAAUACAAUAUCCUGCCUAAAGAAGGAUCCAACAACGCUGUUUACAAAACUGUUGAAGAUACCAUCACUGGAAUCACGGAAACCACCUACGACAUCCACCCAAUGCCUGAAUACAUGAUUCAGUCCAAACCUUACUUAGCUCCUUACCCUCAUCUCAAAGGUGAUGGGUCUAUCAUCGAAAUCAUCAAGAACAAGAACUUCACUGAAGGAACAGAUUUACCUUCCUACUACUUCAGAUUUGGAAAAGCUGGUCACUAUGAACCUCAAAGCAACCAAAUGGGACAACUCUUGCACAGAAACUCAAUGGGAAGAACCGUUAUCACCGGAACUCUCCAAAGAUACACCAUCCAAUACUCUGAAACUAUCAACGAAGUUGUGAUCUCAGUCAGAGGUGUUCAACGUGGUUCAGUCAACAGCAUGAUGAGCUUGAAAUUAGUCAACGCAGAAGAGCACAGCUCACAAUUCGAAGAAAUUUCAAACCCUGUGAAUGUUGGUAGUCUCGUCUACUCGUACGUUAAACAAGAUAAUGGCCAAAGAGUUAGCAAAGGACCAUUCGUCUCUUCUUCAGAAUCUAAAAAGGACUCCGACAGCUUCUUUGGCUUCUUUGAUUCAGAUGAAAAACGCCCCUCCAGCUCCAAUAAGAGGCACCCAAGAUCCUUGGGUGGUCUUUUUGACUUCUUGGACUCUGAUGAGAAAUCAGUUGAAUCUCAAGAACACUGGACCCAACCUAAAUCUCAAUUGAGUGACGCUCCUGAAUUCCCUCUUCUGGCUUACUUCGUCGGAAACAAAGGUCAAUCUAUCAAAAAAUCACCAAAGGUUCGUAUCGUAGACGAUGUUACCACUAUCGCUCAAGAAAUUGGAAAAGAUAUUGAAGUUCCUCAAGAGUUGCCCAAAAGACAAACUCUUUCCAAAUUUGUCGUAUUGACCGCUGUACUCCGUACAAUGAGUGAGGACGAACUCAAACAAGUCGCCCAAAGGUUAUACACUACAGAAACUCAGGGACCUAGAUAUAACGCUUGGAUUGCUUUCCGUGACUCAGUAGCUGAAACUGGUACUGGCCCUGCCUUCAUGGUCAUCAAACACUUCAUUGAAUCCAAGAAAAUCCAAGGAAACGAAGCUGCCAUGGUGAUUACCAGCAUGGCUGAAUCUGUCAGAGUUCCCUCAGAAGAGUACAUCAAAGCCUACUUCGAGAUGGUUAAGGAACAAAUCAACAACCCACAAGAAUAUUCCACAUUAAACGAGACCAUGCUCUUCACAUUCUCCAAUCUGAUCCACAAAGUUUACGUUGAUUCGAAAUUCUCCCACAGGGAAUACCCAACCCACAGUUUCGGACGUUUUGAUACCAAAUCAGGAAAAUCUUUCGUUAAAGGAGAAGUUAUCCCAUAUAUCACCAAAGCUUUGCGUGAUGCUGUUACUAAAGGAGACGCUCAGAAAAUCUAUGCCUACGUCUAUGCUUUAGGAGAAAUUGGACACCCCGAAAUUCUCAACUCCUUCCAGCCAUACUUUGAAGGAAAAGUACCCUGCUCUCAAUUCCAAAGAUUGUUGAUGGUUCUUUCAUUAUACAGAGUAUCUGCCGUCAAACCUGAAUUGUCAAGAGAAGUUUUGUACCGCCUUUACCAGAACAUUGGAGAAAUAACCGAAAUAAGAGUUGCAGCAGUUUACAUGUUGAUGUACACUUCACCUUCUGCAGAGAUGCUCCAACGUAUUGCUAAAUACACAGAAAUUGAAUCAAAUCACAAAGUCUGCGCAGCUGUUAAAUCCGCCAUACUGUCUGCUUCUCGUUUGGAAGGAAACGAUUUCGCUAACUUGAGAUCCGCUGCUGAAUCAGCCAGUCAUUUCCUCACCAAGAAAAACUUCGGUGUACAAGAUUCACAAGAAUACUCUUACAGCCAAGCCUACCACAGUUGGGAGUCUUACUACAAACAUGUUCUUCAAACUGUUGUUUCCGAAGAAUCAGGAAUUCCAUCUUCAUUCUAUUACAGUUUUGUAUCGAAAGGAAAUGGAUUGAAAUAUAACAUCUUCAGUCUUCGAUCAAUGGUUUCUGACAUCCGCAACCUCUUCUACGUCCUACAAAAACAAACAAACUGGUACGAUCAGCUCAAACAACAACAGACAUCUCAACAAUCAGAAUCUUCUACCUGGACCAGCUACAAUAUUGCUCGUCUAUUGAACUUCCAAUCUCCAGAGUUGGAACAGCUCGAAGGUGGUUUGUUUGUACAACUUGGUGAAAUCAGGAAGCAUUUCAUUUACAACAACCGUUCCAUCGAAAGAUUGCCACGUAUAUUGGAAGAAGCUUUGAGAACUCUCGAAAAUGGAAAGAAAAUUAAAUACACAACUCUGAUCAACAAUGGAGACUCCGCUAUAGCUUUCCCAACUGAAAUUGGUGUACCAUUUGUUGUAGCACAUGAUUACCCUAUUCUCGUUAAUGUUGAGGGAACUGUUAAAGUAGCAUCUGAACCUAAAAUCUCAUCUGGUGAUAAACUGUACAUUCCUGACACAGUACAAAUGGAAACCGACUUGAAGGUCACAAUUUCAGUGAAACAAAGGGACGAAUUCGGUUUCUUAGCACCAUUCAAUAGGCAUCAAUACUCUGCUGGAUACGACAAGAACUACCAGGUCCAUCUACCUAUCAGAGCAAAGAUAACCGUAGACAUGAAAGAGAAGAAUGUCCAAUACGAAGUUGAGCCUUUGGAAAAUGAGGAAAGAGUAAAAGUAUUCCACUUGAGCUCUUGGCCACACAUUAGCAAAUAUGACAUCCUUGAUGUGAAAGCCACCGCAGAUAAGCACUCUCGUCUGGUUCGCAGACCCCUUCAAAAGAAAAUCGAUUCAGUUGUUGGAGACAAAACAGUUGGAAUGGGCUUCCGCAUUAAAUACGAAAAUGAUGACUCUCACACCAAUAUCCAAUCUCUCUUCAAGGGAUUAUACGAAGAUAGGACACAAUAUGAAUUCCUGGACAUUGAAUAUGUUCCUGAGUACUCCAAGAACAAGAGAAUCCAGGGUAAAUUCACUUACCUGAAAGAAGAACAGAAAGAAUACCAGGCAGUUGACAGGAAGACAAUUUUGAGCAGUUUAGUGAAAUUGCCAAGUGAAGAUAAGACCCGAGUUGCUCAACUGAUGCAAUAUGCUCCAUUCGGUAUCACCAAUGCUGAAGUCUAUGUAGUCGAUGCUAAAGUCCAGUUUGUUGGUAGUCAAAACGUAGAUUACGUAGCAUCGUUGGCUUAUUCAAGAAACGAAGAGAACUCUAAGGCUCGUAUGUUAGCAUACGUCAACAAACAAAGCAGAAUUUCUGGAAGCAAACCAGUCAAAGUUGCUGUCGUUGGACAGUUCGACCAUGCAAGAUACUCUGGACUUGAAAUGAACUACCUUCUGAAAACCGAUCUUUCAUCUCAUGCAUACGUCGAUGUUGUUUUUGGAGAAAAAGGUUCAAGCGAGAACCAAAUCGAAGUUCAUGCUGAAUUGAAGAGGAGCGAUUCCCGUAAAGCUUACCUCAUGGAACAACCAUCCUACCACAAAUGUUACAGUGAAAUGCAACAAGGCAAUAACCAACUUCUCGCCUGUACAAACAUCACCCAAAUGGCAGGACUCUUGGACCACGUCGACAUUGAAAUGAAAUAUCACAACAUGCACUCUAAGGAUAUGCAUACCAUUUUGAAUUUCGCUCAGAGAUACGUCGAUCAUAUUACAAUUGAUCCUUCGAGACAAUCAAAACUCAAGCAAGGAGAAAUCAAAGGAAAAGUACGUUUCUCUUCUGAUUUACAAUACGUGAAUGCUUCUAUGAUCACCAAAGACGUACAAGUCAAUUUGAGAAACGUUGAACUCAAUGACUGGGCACAACGUGUUUUUGUUGUCCAUCCAGUUUUUGACGUUAUGGAUCGUGUAGCAGGAAAAUUCUAUGGUCGUCAAACAUACAAACCAAUAUGUACCUUGGAUAAGAGUGAAGCUUAUUCAUUCGAUGGAAGUGAAUACCCUCUAGCCUUGAACAACUACUGGACGGUAGUUAUGCAAUACAUUCCAAUGAGGUCAUACGGAGACUCAAAGUCUACUGUUGAGGAACUACUCAAAGAAGAACUCGAGAACUAUGUAGUACUCGCACGUCAAAGCAGCCAAGUGUCCACCAAAAAAGAAGUUAAAAUUGUCGUUUCCACCCCAAUGACCAAGGGAAAGAUUGUGGAAGUCACCAUGAAACCAUCAAGCGGUAGUGCUUACCCUCAAGUUUUCGUAGAUGGACAACAAAUCACAGUUAAACAAAAUGGAGAAUCUGAAAGCUAUAAACAACAAGUCACCAUUCUUGGUCUCCCCAACGGAGCUAUCUUCGUCAAAGUCCACAAUAUCUUCAACGUCAUUUAUGAUGGAACUCGCUUCAGGAUCACUUCUCUCACCAUGCAAUUGCGCAACAGAGUCCGUGGUCUUUGUGGAACCUUCGAUGGCCAGAAAUCUGACGAUUUCACCACUCCAAGCAACUGCGUUGUCCGCGAUGCUCAAGAAUUCAUUGCCAGCUACACAGUAUUGAAGGAUGGAGAGCACAACUCCCAAAUCAUGGAUCUCAAGAGUCGCGCACAGAAGAACCACUGCAGCUACAAGAAGGUGCCCCUCUACGUGAACUACAUCCACGGAGGUGAAAAGACAGAAUCUUCUUCAAGAACUACUGGUACUUCCUGCACAAAAUACCAAACUCGCUAUGUGGUUGAGAAUGGUCAAACCUGCUUCACCAUCAGGCCUCAGACCGUUUGCAAGUCCCAUUGCAGACAGCACGGUACCAAUUACAAGAACAUCGAAGUCCACUGCGUUCAAAGCAGGAAUGUUGCAACUUUGUGGAAGAACCAAAUCGACAAUGGUGCAAGUCCUGACUUCAGUCAGAAACCCGUCACCAAAACUGUUCAGCUUGAAUUACCCAAGACCUGCAGGGUUUAAAUCUCAUCUGGAUACUGAUAUAAUUCGAAGAAAUGUAUAGGGAAAAUAUAGAAUAAAUGAUUGCAUAUUUCA